AUGCUCUCUCGGCUGCUGCUACUGUUCUGCUCGAUAUUUGCCGUCCUACAUGCCACUUCAGGUGCGACAGUAAGACAUGGCCCGGAAGCAGGACCGCAGGCAGUAGGUGUGUGCUACGGAACAUUUGCUACCAAUCAACCCUCCGCACAAGAAGCUGUUUCUGUUGUCCAAUCUGCUGGAAUCAAAAGGAUAAGACUUUACGGCCCUGACCAUAAUGCUUUACAAUCCCUUGGAAACACCGGAAUCGAAGUUAUGCUCGGUGUCCCAAACAGUGAGCUUCAAUGGGUGGCCGCGAGCCAAGAUAACGCGGACCAGUGGAUCCAAGGGAACAUCAAGAAUUACCACGAUGUCAACUUCAGGUAUAUUGUUGUUGGCAAUGGGGUCACUCCAUACGAGUUCUCAGGAACUCCCCAGUUCGUGCCUUUUCUCCUUCAGGCUAUGCGCAACAUCCAGAACUCAAUAUCCACAUCCGCGCAGUUCAAUCAUAUCCCAGUAACCACCGCAAUAGACCAAUCGGAUGCUCUUGUCAACACUUCCCCUCCAUCCAAAGCCGAAUUCAAUCCAGUAUUUCUUCAAUUUUUCGAUCCCAUCAUUCGUUUCUUGUUUAACACCAGGACGCCCUUGCUAGUGAACCUACACCCUUACUACAGCUACCUAUACAAUAAGGGUGACAUUCCUCGUGAUCUACAGAAGAGCACUACAACCUCGCAAGAUCCUCGUCUAGAAUACGCUACUUUCCAGCGUCGAAGUCCUGUUGUGCAAGAUGGACCGCUUGCCUACAUGAAUAUAUUCGAUGUUAUGGUCGACAGUGUAUACUCUGCGCUGGAGAAGGCUAAUGGCGCCGGUUUGGACGUGGUCGUGUCUGAAAUCGGAUGGCCAACAGCAGGAGGAGAAGGCACUAGUAAUUUAAUUGCGGCUACUCACAACAAAAAUUUGAUUCAUCAUGUGCGCAACGCUGGUACCCCGAAAAGGCCACUGAAGUUUAUCGAGAUUUACAUCUUUUCCCUGUUCGAUGAAGACAAGAGGGGAGACAACAAAAACUGGGGAGUCUUUAUGAACAACAAACAAGCCAAGUACCGGAUUAAUUUUACUAGCCAGUAG